AUGGCCCAUCUUUCCGGCAUCACCAGCUCCCGGUGCUUUGCCGCCAAAGCUACUUUACCCGACCUACCCUAUGACUACAGCGCCCUCGAACCCUCCAUCUCCGGUAAAAUCAUGGAACUCCACCACAAGAAGCACCACCAGACCUACGUAAACUCCUACAACGACGCGGUGCAGAAGCUGGCCGAGGCGCAGGAAAAGGGCGACAUCCAAAGUCAGGUCACUCUCCAGCAGCUGACCAACUUCCACGGCGGCGGGCAUAUCAACCACUCCCUCUUCUGGGAAAACCUCGCGCCGUCGAAGAACGGAGGCGGCGAACCGCCGUCCGGCCCGCUCGCCGCCGCCAUCAACAAGUCGUACGGCAACUUGGAUGAGUUCAAGAAGAAGUUCAACGCGGCGCUGGCCGGAAUCCAGGGCAGCGGCUGGGGAUGGCUGGUCAAGGACAAGCUCACCGGCGAUAUUGCUAUCCAAACCUACGCGAACCAAAAUCCCGUGGCGGGCCAAUUCUCUCCUCUCCUGGGAAUUGAUGCCUGGGAACACGCAUACUAUCUCCAAUACGAGAACCGCAAGGCGGAGUACUUUGGUGCCGUCUGGGACGUUGUGAACUGGAAGGAAGUGGAAAAGAGAUUCACCCAAAUCUAA